AUGUCCGCAAAGGCAAUCUUCGAGGCCGACGGCAAGGCCAUUCUUAACUACCACCUCACUCGCGCUCCCGUCAUCAAGCCGAGUCCUCUUCCCAAGCCCACGACGCACAACCCGCCGCCGAAGCUGGCUUCACUCUACUUCCCUGAGGAUGCCGACGUCAACGCGGUGCUGAACCAGGCUGAGAUCACGUACCCGUGGUUACUUCACAGCGGCGCCAAGUUCGUUGCAAAGCCUGAUCAGCUGAUUAAGAGGCGAGGCAAGAGUGGUCUUUUGGCCCUGAACAAGCCCUGGCCUGAGGCAAAGGAGUGGAUUGCCCAGCGCGCCGGCAAGGUACAGAAGGUUGAACACACUGAGGGUGUUCUGCGCCAGUUCCUCGUGGAGCCCUUCGUACCUCACCCGGAUGGCACUGAGUACUACAUCAACAUAAACUCAGUUCGAGAUGGAGAUUGGAUUCUCUUCACCCACGAAGGUGGUGUCGACGUUGGUGAUGUCGAUGCUAAGGCCGAGAAGCUACUCAUUCCUGUUGACCUUUCGCAAUAUCCCUCUAACGAUGAGAUUGCCAACACGCUGUUAAAGAAGGUCCCCAAGGGUGUUCACAAUGUCCUGGUUGACUUCAUUACCCGUCUAUACGCGGUAUAUGUUGACAGCCAGUUUACCUACCUUGAGAUCAACCCCCUAGUUGUCAUUCCCAACGCCGCUGGCACCUCAGCUGAAGUCUAUUUCCUCGAUCUUGCUGCUAAGUUAGAUCAAACUGCCGAUUUUGAGUGUGGCGUAAAAUGGGCCAUCGCGCGGUCACCUGCAAACUUGGGCAUUACUGCUGUCUCUAGCGCUGGUGAUAAGGUCAGCGUUGAUGCUGGUCCUCCCAUGGAGUUCCCCGCGCCGUUUGGUCGUGAACUUACAAAGGAGGAAGCCUACAUUGCUGAACUGGACGCUAAGACCGGUGCUUCUCUGAAGCUUACUGUCCUAAACCCUAACGGCCGCAUCUGGACUCUGGUUGCUGGUGGUGGUGCUUCCGUCGUCUAUGCUGAUGCUAUCGCAUCUGCUGGCUUUGCUGACGAUUUAGCCAACUACGGUGAAUACUCUGGUGCCCCUACUGAGUCUCAGACCUACUACUAUGCUCGUACCGUCCUGGAUCUGAUGCUGCGUGCUCCUAUGGACCCCAAGGGCAAGGUUCUGUUCAUUGGUGGCGGCAUUGCCAAUUUCACAAAUGUGGCAUCCACUUUCAAGGGUGUUAUCCGGGCACUUCGCGAAUAUGCUAAGCAAUUGAACGAGCACAACGUCCAAAUUUGGGUCCGUCGUGCCGGCCCUAACUACCAGGAAGGUCUCAAGAACAUGAAGGCUGCGACACAAGAGCUUGGCCUGAACGCCAAGAUCUUCGGCCCCGAGAUCCACGUUUCUGGUAUUGUGCCACUUGCUCUCGUCCCUGGGCGAUGGGAAGAAAGCAAACUACAAGAAUUCCAGGGUUAA